GCCGGGACACACCCCUUCGGCGCCUUUCCUGCGAGGGAGGGUACCGGGCGGUCGCCGCCUCCUUCUGCUCCCUCCCUCCUCUCCCUCCGCCUCCAUUUUCUGAGGCCUGGGUGCCUCUUUCCCCCACAGCCGUCGCUCCGCGUCCCCCCUCGGCCUUUCGCCAGGCUCUGGUUUCGAGAGCCGCGCGUCGCCUCUCUUUACUCCCCCCACCCGCGAGGCGCCUGUAACGAACUCCUCAAGAGACCUCCGGCUAAGUUUCUCUCGUGGGCCGUUUGGGGCGCCGCAGAGAUUGCGAGAAUUGAAACAUGCCCAGGAGAAAGUUUGCUGAUGAAGAAGUGGUAAUGGGCCGGUGGCCUGGAAGUGUUCUGUAUUAUGAAGUACAAGUAACCAGCUAUGAUGACCGAGCUCAUCUUUACACAGUAAAAUACAAAGAUGGAACUGAGCUUCAGCUAAAAGAAAGUGAUAUGAGGUCUAUGUCAUCUUUUCGAUUUAGAAAAAGUAGCUCUUCCUCCGGUUCCCCUUCAAGACGCAGUGGUAGCAGAUCUAGAUCAGGCUCUAGAUCUCGUUCACCUGGUCGGCCAGCAAAACACAGACGUCGUUCUUCCUCUCAAAGCAGAGAACCAAAAAAUGAAAAGAAUAUGAUUGGGGAACCGAAUUUGAUUCCUUUGAAACUAAAUGAAAACAAUACCCACCAGUUUAAUGGGGAGCCAGAUAUCACAGAAGUGAAUUACUCAUCUCACAACAUUCUAGAGCGCCAAAGAAUUGAAUCUGAGCGUGCCAGAGAGCGCAUCCUCGAACGCUACAGUUUACAUCCAAGGAAGGAGGAGAAGAGAACAGAAGAAAUGUAUUCAGAAGAGAGAAUUUUAGAGAAACCCAAACCUGUUGUAAAAGUAUGCAUGAAGACAGAGGAACUAGAGUUUGGAGGAAAAAUUGGUGCCUUUUUAAUGAUUUUUCUCCUUCCUGGAACUGUAUUUUACUUGUUGCUGAUGUGUACUCAGAAAGACCCCAGUGUUCUGAAUUUUCCUCCCUCCCUCCCAGCUUUGGAAAGUUUAUGGGAGACAAGAGUAUUUGGUGUCUUUCUUCUUUGGUUCUUUCUCCAAGCUCUGUUUUACUUACUCCCAAUAGGAAAGCUUGUAGAAGGGACCCCACUUUUGAAUGGAAUGAGACUGGAAUACAGGAUAAAUGGAUUCUAUGCUUUUAUCUUAACAGCUGCAACUGUAGGAAUUUCUCUAUAUUUUGAAAUGGAGUUUUCCUAUAUAUAUGACCAUUUCCUACAAUUUGCUGUCUGUGCUACAGUUUUUUCUGUGGUGUUAAGCAUUUAUCUCUAUGCCCGUUCAUUAAGAGCAUCCGAACAAGAAUUGUCACCUGGGGGGAAUUCUGGGAAUAUAUUUUAUGACUUUUUUAUGGGACGUGAAUUAAAUCCUCGCAUCAGAAAUUUUGACCUGAAAUACUUCUGUGAGUUACGACCAGGGCUAAUUGGCUGGGUUGUUAUUAAUUUGGCAAUGCUGUUGACUGAGAUGAAAGUGCAACAUCUGAAUAUGCCAUCUUUGUCCAUGAUUCUGGUUAAUAGUUUCCAGCUCCUUUAUGUGGUGGAUGCACUUUGGAAUGAGGAAGCUAUUCUGACAACAAUGGACAUCAUCCAUGAUGGUUUUGGGUUCAUGCUAGCGUUUGGAGACUUGGUGUGGGUUCCUUUUCUCUACAGCUUGCAAGCCUUCUAUUUAGUGAAACAUCCAAAUGAACUUUCUUGGUUAUCAGCUUCUGCAAUUGUAGCCUUGAAUAUUCUUGGCUAUUGCAUUUUUCGUGGUGCCAAUUCACAGAAAAACAUAUUUCGAAGAAAUCCGAAAGAUCCAAAAGUUGCUUACUUGAAAGUUAUUCCCACUGCAACUGGAAAAAACCUCCUGGUCUCUGGCUGGUGGGGCUUGGUGCGCCAUCCAAACUACCUUGGAGAUAUCAUCAUGGCUCUAGCUUGGUCCUUACCAUGUGGGAUCAACCACAUCUUACCAUAUUUCUAUGUCAUAUACUUUACCGGUUUGCUUAUUCAUCGAGAAGCCCGUGAUGAACGUCAGUGUAAGAAAAAAUAUGGCUUAGCAUGGGAAAAAUACUGUCAACGUGUACCAUAUCGUAUAUUUCCAUAUAUCUACUGAGUGUCUUCAAACUGGUGGAUAAUGCACAGCUUCUGCAGUCAAAUCUUCAUUGCAAUAAACCACAUACCUCAUACCAUUGCACUUGGCAUACAUUAGUUCUGCAAAAUUUUCUUAAAAAUUGUGAUCAAAUAGUAAAGCUGCAGAUACCUUUACCAAAAGUCUUUUCUAUAUAUUUUUAGCCAUCUCCCUAUUUCAAAUUACACACUUCAGUUAAGCAAUAAAUUAGUUGUAUAGCACAUGAAAAGCCUGUCAAGCAAUGUAUAUGCUUUGUGAAGCAGUCUGGAUAAUGUUAAUUAUCUGUUCUGGACAUAGGAAAGACCAUUUUAGGGUUUAGUGCUGAAGAUUUGCUUGUUUUGUGUAACUUUUGUAUUUUUCAUUCUUUGGGCUAACUUCAGAGCUGUUGGCCAAAAUGCACCAGAAAAUAGUAAACAUUACAAAGUCCAAUGAAGAGUGACUUCCGAUGCUACAGCUUUCUAAUCAUAGUAGUUCUCACUCAGGUCUGUAUCUUAUAACUGGUUCUCUCAGGCUGAAUCCCUAGUGGCAGUUGCAGAAGCAGGAGUUGCUUCUAGGGGAGCAAAUGCACAGGAGUUGCUUCUCUACCCCUUCCCUCUGGAGAACAGAAUCCCAUUUUAAGUCUGAGUGAUGGUUGUCAUGCCUCUUGUAAUAGUAUUCCUUAUACUAUGUGCUCUAAAAAGUACGUUGAUUUAAGAGAAUAUUUUAAAAUCCCUUACAGCUCAUUCUUUGAGAGUCUCAGACCUCAAGAAGUGCAAGUGACAAACAAUGAUACAGGGUGUGGCAUGUUGUACAGACUAUGAAAAAAUAGGCAGUUUUUUCAGCUAUUAUAAACCAUUGCUUUGUACUAUAGCUUUUCUUUAUAUUGUAACAUUGAAAGAUUUUGUUGUACAGUGUUUUGAGUAUAAGAUGCAAUUCUUUUUUUUUUACUAAAACCAUUUCCAGUAUUUUUGAAAAGUUUUAUAAAGUAAUGUAUUGCUAUGAAAUUGAGUUGAACAAUUGAAGUGCUCAUUUAAAUAUUGCAAUGACAAAUGUGUUAUGGAAGUAUAUGAAAUUUAUUCAAAGUUUUGUGAAUUGGCAGUGCUACCUCAAAUGUAGGGUAUUUUGCCUUUUUAUACUGUUGAAAGUAGGAAAAAUGCUAAUUUUUCAAUUUGCUAUUUAAAGCAGCUUUUUAACAUGAUUAAAGUUAACCACUUUAAUUGAACUUUUUAACAAAUGUAUUUUUGUAUAUUUGAGUUUUCAUAGCAACUCAUGCUAUGUGGUUUUAUGCUGUUUGUAGCAGAACAUCUAUAAAUUUUUAUUGAAUAGUUUUUUACUGAAUUGGCUAUAAGGUGGAAUUAUUUACCUAAAUGGAAGGAAUAAUUGCCAUUUUAAUAUAUUAAAUUAGAAAGCAGGUCUGUUGAAAUUUUUACAGCUGAUUAAAAUUAUCCAUUUAAUAAUAGCAAAGUACCCAUUUUUAAUUUGACUAUAUUUUGCAUUUAUGAAUUUGUAGCAUAGUUCUUGAUAACAAUUGUUUUCAGUUUAAUAUAGUUAAAAUGCAUGAUUGUGGAUCACUGUAGGGCUUACUUAACAAAUGCCCAUAUCCCCGUCUAACCAGUCCCCUUUGGAACAUGAAUAGCCUUGAGUGAUGGGGAUAACAGCACUCUUACGCCCUAUGGGGAUCCAUAUUGUACUCUGUAUAUUUUUAUGAGCCAUUUUAGUUACUGCUGUACAAGAUUGUAAAAUGAAUGUGUGUUAUGUGGCAGAAAUGAUCAUGACAACUUUCUUUAGCUUGCAUAACUUCUGUUUAGAGCAGAAAAAAUCCUUAUAAACAUUGAGUGCUUCAAAUUGUGAUUUGUUAUGCAAAGAAAAUUGUAGAAAUACCACUAUUUUCGUAUAAUUCUAAAAUAUCUUCUAAAGGAAAAUGAGUAAUCUUUUUAUAUGAGCAUGUUCUCCCAGGAGUGUGGUUCCUGACUAAUAUAAACUGCAACUUUUCAUGUUUGUUACACCUUUUUACAUCUAAAAUGUACUCUGUAGAUUGAACUUCAUAAAAAGGACCUUGCAUAAUUAAAAUUUAAUCUAGAAAUGA